GUGUUGGAUACUUUCCUCUCCCCUCGAUUAAAUCGUAGUCACAAGCGUUCUUCAAAAAUCUCAAUUGGCCUCUCCUAUUCUACACCACCACUCAUCCAGGUCAUCAAGAUCAACUGCAAUACCAUCAUCCCCCAGCAUUCCAACAAUCAACAAUGUUUUCCUCAAAGCCAUCAUCAAUCAACCAACCCUACACCACCCCCGACCCAAAAGCUCCAACCCAAUACCAACGCACCAUCUACUCCGCUCUGCGCGCCCCCACCAUCUCCACCAAGCCCUCAGAAUGGGAAGCCCGCGCCCGCGCCAUCCUUCCACUACCAAACUUCAAAUACGUCUUCGGCGCCGCCAGCUCCGGCGACACCCACCGCGAGAACACCGAAGCCUUCAAGCGCUACCGCCUGCGCCCGUCCAUGUUCGUCAACGCCACCCGGCGCGACCUUUCCGUGGAGCUAUUCGGAACGACGUACCCCGGGCCCCUGAUCAUAGGGCCGGUGGGUGUGCAAGAGAUCAUGCAUCCCCACGCUGAAGAAGCUACGGCGCGCGCGUGCAGGGCGUUGAAGAUCCCGAUGGUGUUGUCGAGUGCGGCGACGCGGUCGAUUGAGCGGGUGGCGGCGGCGAAUGGGGACGGCGAGAGGUGGUUCCAGCUUUACUGGCCGAGGCCGCAGGCGGAGGAGGUCACGGUUAGCUUACUAAAUCGCGCGAAAGCAGAGGGGUAUAAGGUUUUGGUUGUGACGUUGGAUACGUUUAACCUCGCGUGGCGCCCUGAGGACCUGGAUGCGAGUUAUUUGCCAUUUAUUUAUGGGCAGGGGUGCGAAGUCGGCCUCUCAGAUCCUGUAUUCAACGCACGCUAUGAGGAGGAGCUAGCACGGGAGAAAGCGGAGAAAGGCUUUACGACGCGACUAGGAGAGGCAUUGGAGACGAUUCGACGUCCUGGGUCUAUUUCCGGCGCCGCGAAGGUGGUCGCGAAUGCGGCGACGAUGAAGAAGGCGCAGGCGUGGAUGAGUAUCCUCAACUCUGGGACGUAUCGCGAGUGGAAGCAUCUCGAGAUUCUUAAGAAGUACUGGGAUGGCCCGAUUGUGUUGAAGGGAAUUCAGACGGUUGAGGAUGCCCAAAAGGCCGUUGAGUAUGGUAUGGACGGCUUCGUCGUUUCCAACCAUGGCGGACGGCAGCUGGAUGGCGCGAUUGCGUCUCUAGAUGCCCUUGCGGAGAUUGCUGGGGAUGAGACAGUGAAGAGAUCGGGGAUUACAGUGCUGUUCGAUAGUGGGAUUCGGACGGGGAGCGAUGUGCUCAAGGCGAUAGCGCUAGGGGCGAAGGCGGUGAUGGUGGGGCGACCGUUCAUGUAUGGGUUGGCUAUUGAUGGGGAGGAGGGGGUGAAGCAUGUGCUUAGGUGUAUUGCGGCGGACACGGAUAACAUGUUAGGGAAUAUGGGAAAGAAGAGUCUUGGGGAGCUAAGUCGGAACGAUUUGAGGGUUUUGGGGCAGCCGGCGAAGCUGUGAGGGGGCGAGGUCAUCAAUCUGCAAAAAAGUCAUCACAUUUUAAGGAGCAUUUUAUUUUCAACGUUUGAUAUCUUGCAUUUCAUACCAUUUAUUUCGAGAAAAUAUAAUUAGCUUUCCAUCAUUCUGUCAUCUUCAGUCCAUUCUUCCACCUUCUCUCCCCUUUCACCAACCUCUACUUCUUCGUCGGAGUCAACUUAUGACUUUGGGGCCGGGUUUUCAGUGUUACUUAUCUGGAUUAAGCGGGAAGGUGCUCGUUCAUACCCGUCACAAGGAGAUUGGCUUGGGAUAUGAGAUCUACGCGUUCUAUAUCCGUACACGCAAAACACCCGCAAUGCAAGGUCCUCCGAUUAGCUCCGUGUAAGCAUCCAAAGUCUGAAUAUAAUGAAAGAAAUGGGAACCGGAUACAGGCAUCCGUAAGAAACCGGGGAGUGUAUUAUGAGAAGG